AAAGAUACGCAGUUGUUUGCAUAAAUUAAUAUAAUAACUACUUACUUUGUAAUUGUCGAAAAUAAGAGCAAAAAUGGAAGAACAAAAUCAGCUGAGGCGUAGCACGCUGCAAGCGUUAGGCGAUCAGAAGAGGUGUUUAUAUAGAUGAUAAGAUUGCUCGAAAAAAUCUAUUAGAUAUAGGACUCUAUUGGAGAUCUUGAGAGCUCUUGUGCGUCGGAUGGUGUCACCCACGGCGGCUCAGCCGCCUACACCAACUCCCAACGUUUGGUCAAGGAAAUCAUUUGCCGACGUGGUGGCCAGUAAACCUGGUGGAUUACUAUCGGCUAAAACCCCUUCUCGUCACAAAGGAGUGCCUGCCAUCAGCUUCCCGGAUAGUGAUGUUGCAAUCCUGGCUGAAAGGCAUAAAAAUACGCUGAUUGGCUACUUUUAUCGUGGAAGGCCCAGUUUGGAGAAUAUUCGUAAAGCUUUUGAGAUCAUUGGUUUUAAGGGUUCUUUUCAUCUAGGUGUUUUGGAACGAAAGCAUAUUGUUAUUAGAUUUGAUGCGGAGGAAGAUUAUUUCAGAUGUUGGAACCGUCAGAGUUGGACUAUUCAAGGUUAUGUGAUGCGUGUUACGAAGUGGACUCCGGAUUUUCACCCGAAUGUUGAGUCUCCGGUGUUUCCGGUUUGGAUCAGCUUUGAAGGCUUGCCCUUACACCUUCAGGAUAAAAGGGCGCUAUUUGACAUUGCUGGACUAUUAGGUAACCCCCUAAAGAUUGAUGCUGCUACAGCAAAUUUAUCUAGGCCUUCAGUAGCCCGUGUUUGCGUUGAAAUUGAUGUUACGAAGGAUAUGCCUUCCAAGGUAUGGAUAAAUUGUGGUUCUCUUGGCUUUAUGCAACCAGUUAUAUAUGAACAGCGCCCGGAAUACUGCUCACACUGCUUGCACCUGGGACAUUCAUUUGGUAAUUGUGCUAAAAAAAACCCAGAUGUACCUAAGGUCUCCAAUUUGCCCAGGGACAAAUGGGUGGAGAAAAAUAAAGUUUUAUCAAGUCAGCAAUCCAAACAAGUAAAAUUUACAGCGGCUGAGAAAGGUAAAGCUAUUAUCACUGACAAGACUAUUUGCAAGGCAGGUAAUAAGGAUGACAGGAAUUUAAGCAAGGCUCUGAUAGUUGUUGAUCAGCCAGCCUCUUUAAAGCCAUCCUUUUCAAAACCAUCUACUUCAGUGCCAGUCCCCCAGGUGACAUAUGCUGAUUGGGAUGAAGUAUCUGAAACUGAAGAAAUAUUUCAUGAAGGAAGAUCUGACGUCCCAAAGCCAGUUGAUGGUGUUUCUGGUUCUCAUAAUCAGGCUAAUCCAGAGUCAGGGGGGCUAGACCGGCAUGAGAUAAGGAUGCUACUUCAUAAACCGCUCCUUGGAUUACUGCAAAACAAAAAUGUUAACCAUAUCAAAGAUGAUUUUCAGCUUAAGGAGUUAAACAAGAUAAUGGAGUUUGACCAGGUUGUAGCAUCAAAAGAGUAUGCUUCAGAUGGUGAAUCUAAUAAGGAUAGUAAGGCCUUACAUAAUUGGGAGGUAAAUUGGAGCGAUAUUGUGGCCAAAGUUGAUGCUAUGGCUGCUAGAUUAGCUAUGCAGGAAACCUCAUCUCUCUCUGUGGAUUGUGAGGAGUCUGGGAAUGCGCCAUUGCCUCAGCCAAACACUCAGGUCGGCAGGGGUGGUGUUUCUGUGCCAAAUCAACCUGUUGAUUCAGCUUCUGAACCUGUCCAUGAAGACGAUGUUAUGGUCCAGUUGAAUCAGCCUGAGGCUUUUGAGCUUGAAGAGGGCGAGUUUACCAAAGUUAUCAGCAGGAGAAACAGGAAGAAGGACGCUUUAGAGGGUCUUGGGGCUGUUCCUCGGAUCACAAGGAAUACUGCAAAAAAGAAAGAUGGGUCAGUUGGGUCAGUUUCUGAUUUAAGUAUCAGUAAACAGGCUUCUCAAAAUUCCUCACUCCUACCUAAAUGAAUUGCCUAUUCUGGAAUGUACGGGGUAUUGAAUCUGCCAGGGCUAGAUUAUCUUGUUUAAUCAGGCAAUGGAAGGUUCAGAUCCUAGCUGUUAUUGAACCUAUUUCUCACUUUUCUAAAGCUGAUUCUUUUAGGCAUGAUUUUGGUUUUUCUGAGGUUCUUUCUUCUCCUAUUAAUAAAAUCUGGGUCUUUUGGGACUCAAAUGAUGUAAAUAUCUCUGAUGUUACUUGGCAUUCACAAUUUAUUCAUAUGAAGAUUUCAAAGUGCAACUUUGAGGGCUGGAUCACUAUGGUUUAUGGAAAUCAUAAUACUGUUAUCAGGAGGGAGCUUUGGGACUCUCUGGUGUCUUUGUCUAAUGGGAUUCAGAUGCCUUGGUUGAUUGGGGGGAUUUUAAUGCCAUUGCAGCCCAUAAUGAGCAUAAUGGAAGAGCUAUGCCUAAUCUUAGAAGUAUUAUGGACUUUUCUGAUUGCAUCUCAGCCUGUGACUUUAUUGAACCUAAUAGCUCAGGGCCUUUCUUCACUUGGUCAGGGGUUAGAGCUAACGGUAGGGUGUGGAGGAAAUUAGAUAGAUGCUUUAUCAACUCCAGUUGGAAUGACUCUUUUAGUAACAUUCAGGUGGACAAUUUAGACAGAACACCAUCUGAUCACUGUCCUAUCCUGGUCAAAUGUCUUAUGGAGGAUCAAUUUGGGCCCAGAUCAUUUAAAUUUCAAAACAUGUGGCUUAAACACACUAAUUUUAUGGAGGUUGUGCAGAGAAGCUGGUGUAGUAGUUCCAGUGGAGGGGGAAUGAGAGGGAUGGUCUUUAAAUUGCAGUGCCUGAAAAAGGAUCUGAAGCUCUGGAAUAAAACUUCAUUUGGUAAUAUCUUUGAUGACAUCAAAUUGUGUGAAGCUAGAGUGAUAGAGGCGGAAAAAGACUUUGAAUUAAAUCCUAGUGAGGAAAGAAGAGCUCACUGGAGUCACAUGAGGGCACUAUUGAUGACUAAACAUAAGAUGGAAAGAAAAUUUUGGAAACAGAAAGCCCGCUUACAGUGGCUUAAAGACGGUGAUUCUAACUCUAAAUUUUUCCACUCCUAUGUUAAGAUCAGACACAGAAAGCAAGCGAUUUCCUCCAUCACCAAUGAUCAGGGGCAGAAGAUUACCUCUUUCUCUGAGAUUGGAGAUGCUGCUAUAUCCUUUUUCUCAAAACUUUACUCUGUGGAUCCUGAAAUUGAUGCUGAAGAGAUCCUGCAAUUCAUACCUCAGAUUAUUUCUAGUGAUGACAAUCUGUUUCUUAUGAAAUUGCCAGAUGAAGUAGAAGUUAAGCAUGCAGUUUGGAGUCUUAAUCCAAAUGGGGCUCCAGGACCCGAUGGGUUUAAUGGUAAAUUUUUCAGAAAAUGCUGGCCUAUUGUUGGAAAAGACUUGGUUAGGGCUGUUCAGGAGUUUUUUAUGGGCAUAUCUAUUCCCAAAGGUAUGUCCAGUAGCUUGGUAAUUUUAAUUCCUAAAUCUGACAAUCCUGAUACUUUUGGUGAUUUUCGGCCCAUCUGUCUCUCUAAUUUCGUGUAUAAGGUCUGCACUAAGGUUAUGGCUGAUAGACUGGCUUUGUUAUUACCUAAAAUCAUCUCCAAGGAACAAAUAGGCUUUAUGAGGAAUAAAGAUAUGGUUGAUCACAUUUUAAUUGCUCAGGAGAUGAUUCAUGCAUUACAAAAAAAAAAAUAAGGGGAUCAAAUGUAGUGGUAAAGCUGGAUAUGGCCAAAGCUUUUGACAAGGUUUCCUGGAGAUUUCUUAACAGUGUUCUACACAAGUUUGGCUUUUCUCAAGCAUUUACUCAGGUUGUGAUGAAUUCAUUACAGUCCACUUACCUAUCCAUCUUAAUUAACGGAAUCCCCACAGGAUUUUUUCAACCUAAAAGAGGGGUAAAACAAGGUGACCCUCUCUCCUUUUUUCUUUUUAUUUUGGCUUCUGAGGCCUUUUCUAGGGGGUUAAAUUGGCAUAUUAACAAUGGCCAUAUUAAGCAGUAUUAUUUGGGCUCUUUAGGUCAGCCUGUUUCCCACCUGGGAUUUGCUGAUGACCUACUGGUUUUCCUUAAUGGGGAAUCUAGGUCUUUAAUAAAUUUCAGCAAUUUUUUAAAAUCUUACCAGCUUGCUUCUGGCCAGUCUAUUAAUCUACUCAAGAGCUCUUUUUUAUGUGGGAGAAAGGCAAGAGCUGGGGUGAUCUCCAAUCUCCUUAUGAUGCGGGAGUCUGAGCUUCCAAUUAAAUACUUGGGGGUCUCUCUGCAUAAAGGAAUUAAUAGGGAUAAGUACUGCAUGGAUAUUGUUAAAAAAUUCGAUUCCAAACUUACUACUUGGAUGCAAAAAAACUUAUCUAUGGGUGGUAGGCUUAUUCUGAUCAGACACGUGCUCAACACCAUCCCUUUGCAUAUUUUAGCUGCAGACAGAUUACCAAAGAAAAUUAUCAGCAUUUUGGAAAGUAAAAUGGCAGGAUUUCUAUGGGGUUCUUCUAAUAACAAACAAAAAUAUCAUUGGAUUAAGUGGUCACAUCUUUGUUUUCCCACUGAUGAAGGGGGGUUGGGUAUAAGGAGUCUAUCUGAUAUUGAAAAAGCUUUCUCCUUAAAACUUUGGUGGAAAUGGAAGAAAGGGAGGUCUAUGUGGUCCAACUUUAUGCAUGUCAGGUAUCCAAGGGGUCAGAAUAUGACUCCUAAGAUAACUGACUCGCCUAUUUGGAGAAGAAUUUGCUAUAUUGAUGAGUCAGCUAGCUCUCUGUGUGGACUAAAUGAGGAUGGAAGUCUGUUCUGGGAGCCUGAGGAUGAUGGUAGGUUUACUUUAAAGUCGGCCUAUGAGGCAAUCAGGGAUGAGCUGCCUAAACAAUUCUCCUAUCAGCAUAGUUGGCAUCCCAAACUUCCUCUUACAAUUAGAUUGCUACAGUGGAAAAUCAUUAAAAGAAUUGUCCCUAUUACGGACAAUUUGUCCAGAUUUAAGGUUGUCCUCAAUCCUUCCAUUUUCCCUUUCUGUAGACAACAUUCAGAUAGUAUGGAUCACAUCUUUCUUUCUUGUGAUAAGAUAAAGCCAAUCUGAGAGUAUUUCAUGGGAAUUUUGGGCAUUCCUAUCCUUUAUCGGUCCAUCUCUAUCAGACAAAUCUUCCUUUCUUGGUGGUUAAAAGUUGGCUUUAAAAGUCUUGAGGAUAUUUUUAAGCAUUGUUUACCUGGUAUCAUAUGUUGGAACAUCUGGAAGGUGUAUGCGGAUCUAAUUUGGGGAUUGGGGGAUAAUUUUCCUACGCAAGAUAAUUUUAUUUAUCAAAUUAAAUCUUAUUCUCAGUUGUGGGUCUCUAACUUCUCUACAUUAAAGCUUGCUAAGGUGGGGAGAAUUCUUUAUGAGGAGCAUCUAAUACCUACUGGUUUUAAGCUAUCGAGGCCUACGAUAAUUGCUGUUAGGUGGAAAAAGCCAGUAAACACUUACAAGCUUAAUACUGAUGCCAGCUUCGGGUUGGGCUCAGCAAGGGGAGGUUCAGUUCUGAGGGAUUCAGAAGGUCGCUUCAUCAGGGCAACUUCCUUUCCAAUCGAUGCCUCUUCUCCUUUGUAGGCGGAAUUAUUGGCGGUAUUUACAGCUACGAAAUGGGCGAUUCAUGAAGGAUUUUCAGGGUUCAAGGUUGAGACGGAUUCUUCUGAAGUGAUACGAUACAUCGAGGAUGGUGGUGAAGGUAGGUGGUCGUGCCAGGUUACUUCGUUGUUGGAUCUGUCUGAAGCUAAUGGUAUUUCCUAUUUCAGUACUUUGAGAGAAGCAAAUAUGGUUGCCCACUAUUUAGCGGAUCUAAAUCUGGCCCAUCAGAUAUUUUAUACGCAAAUCUGUGAUCUUCCUAGUCGGGUUCGGAUGUCCUACUAUAUGGACCUCUUUGGUCUUCCCGCUUUUAGAAUUAGCUGAUCGGACUUCUUUCUGUUUUACUUCUAAUGGGUCAGGUCCAGCCCCCCCAUUAGCCCUUUCCUUUGUUUCUAUAUCUGAGAGGUUUUGAUCUAGUCCCCC